UGGAUAUAUAAAGAGUGGAGUAAUAGGAAUAUGAGGGGACCAGAUGAGUCGUUUGUACAAGAGGACGACGAUGAGGCGAUUAGACGAAAGUAUGCGGACAGCGAAGACCUUUAUGGUGUUGCAAAGGACAUUGCCGAGCUUCCUAGCACGGCUGAGAAACGAUUUAAAUAUUUUGUGAAAAUAGUACGCGACAUUGCUGAAAACAGCAAACUUGAUAAACUUCUCAAGGCCGCGUAUGACGAUGACAGAAAAGGAGAGACUGUGCUCCACAUGGUUAUACGGCUCUAUACGUUCGAAACGCAGAUCCAACGGAAUGUGGUAGAGAUUUUAAUAAACACGUUUCCCAAACUGCUUCUGCAGGAGCGCUCGCAGGACAGCAAAUACGCCGGGCAGACGCCGCUCCAUCUUGCCAUCUGCAAGGGCAAUGUCUGGCUGGUCAACAAUAUGUUGCGGGAACUGGCCUCUGACGAGAGGUACAGCACUUGGCUGCGAGGUGUUCUGGAAAAGAGAGCUUACGGGACAAUGUUCAGAAACACUGUGAUGAUGGGGGAACUCCCGCUGUUUAUAUCCGCCCUUACAAUGAACAAAGACAUGUACAACCUUUUGCUGCACUAUGGCGCAUCCAUUGAUGCGAAAAACAGUAUGGGCGACAACGUGUGCCAUUCUAUCAUAAGAUACGCGCACCUUUACCCGGACAAAGGAGACGCUCUGCUCGAAAUGUGUCAAGCAAUCACCGAGGACCCUAACCCUCAUGACUGGAGCGUGGAGGCCAAUCGAAACCGUAAAAUGCGUAAGAAGAUCUGGCUGAUGGAAAACCGAGCGAGAAUGACCCCUCUGCAGGCAGCUGCUUCGUUUGGACUUCACAGGAUAUUCGCUUAUAUUAUGAAUCUUGAGAUUUACUGCAAUAUUCAUUCCCACGACGGCCUCUUUGACAUUCAGACGUAUGACGUCACCGAACUGGACGCGAUUUCGUCCAUGACGCGCGUGGAAAUCACGGGGGACAACGGAAUGACGUCAACGCUUCCAGAGAACCUCGCACGCCAGGUCCCAACCUCCGAGCCUCCCCACCGGCAAUCCGUGCUCAUGAUGCUUUUGGAACUGGACCCGUCCGUGGCGUUCCACUUUCUCCUUUUCACAGUGAUGCGUAGGCUGAUAAGCAUGAAAUGGAAGGCGUACAGGAUUGUUUUCUACAUCAUGUGGUUGUUCCACUUUCUAUACAUGUGUUUUCUCACGUGGUACGCCGUUGAGAGAGCUCAACAAAUUCCAAACAGUGUAACUGCCAAUGGUAGUGUAUUUGACAUAAACCUCCCGCCACAAUUCAAACGAGCAAUACCCGAAGACCGUUUUGCUCUGGGGUAUGGAAUUAUUAACUUGAUCGUGGCAUCCUUUUACAUUUCGAUUGACAUCGUGAGGAUGGUCAAGGGCAAGAUGCGAUGGACAGAAGUGUCCUUUAAAAAUCCAUACAGCAACGGUUGGUUUCGUGUGUUUUUUCUUGCCUUUUCUGUUUGUCUCGUCAUCGACUUUUUUGCCUCCUUGGGAAGCGAUCUUUAUGAACAUUAUUGCCUGAUUAUCUCAGUCAUUCUUGGUUGGUUUCUCAUGAUAUUCUAUCUCAGAGCGCUACGUCCAUUCAGUUUCUUUACAGUCCUAAUACAAAAAGUCCUCAUUGGAGACGUGUUCCGGUUCUCUGUGAUUCUCGCUCUGGAAAUAAUUGGCUUUGCGACGGCAAUGUACGUUUCCCUACAAGGCUCUACGGCAAUUGAUGACGAAAAUUAUAGCGACUACGGGCGCGUUUUGCUGUCUAUGUUCAAGCUGAUGGUUGGACUCGGAGAUGUAGCAAAAUUCUAUGAGACUAGGCAUCCUGUGGUCUGCAUCUUGAUAUUCGUUGGAUUUAUCCUACUAACUGCUCUGUUGAUGGUCAACGCGCUGAUAGCGAUGAUGGGUCGCACGUGCGUCGCGUUGAUUGACGAUGUUGGUGGCGUCAGGUCUCAUGAUAGGCACUGGAAGCUACAAAGAAUGUCCAUCAUACUGUAUAUUGAGAGCAUUUUGCCCGACAGCUGGAUUCACAAAGUUGGUCACCAGAAGUCCGUUCAACGCUACAACGAUAUGAUUGGACGGCGUCGCCAGAUGCAAAGGUAUAGACUAGAGGUGAGAGCAUUGCGCAUGGAUGAAGACAACAUUGAAGGGAAUACUAGAUUGCAGACAAUCAAGAAAACGUUAGGAAGGCCCUUGUCCGCGAUUAGCGACAAUGUUAGAAGAUUGUUCCGGAUAAAGACCGAUAGUUCUAAGGAGCGACAUUUGAAUACUCCAGAAACGAAGAAGGAUUCAAUGAAACGAAAGAGCAAACAUAGAGAUGUUGAAGGUGGUGCAGCUCAGGGAUUCGGAGUAAUGCAUCAAUCAGAGCGUGACGCAGCUCAGAAACAACAAGAGCCUGGUAUUGCUCACUUGGAUGUGUAUCAUAUUCGACACAAUGCGUACGAUGAACACAAUGGCGAAGCUGCAUUUAGCCGUUCUUAA